GCACAGAAACGUGGAGCAAAAACGUCUUUUUGCAGUGCAUGGACGGAAAGCCAAUGCGCAGGUGUGCCAGUAACCGAGCAGGCGAAACUGGGAUGGACGUCACAAGCCGCUGCACUCUUGGAGAUCCCAACAAGCUGCCGGAAGGGGUGCCGCAGCCCGCUCGCAUGCCUUACAUCUCGGACAAGCACCCUCGGCAGACUCUGGAGGUCAUCAACCUGCUGCGGAAGCACCGGGAGCUUUGCGAUGUGGUGUUGGUUGUGGGGGCCAAGAAGAUCUACGCCCACCGGGUGAUCCUGUCGGCCUGCAGCCCCUACUUCCGAGCCAUGUUCACGGGGGAGCUGGCGGAGAGUCGGCAGACCGAGGUGGUGAUCAGAGACAUUGACGAAAGGGCCAUGGAGUUGCUGAUUGAUUUUGCGUACACUUCUCAAAUCACGGUAGAAGAGGGUAAUGUCCAGACCUUACUGCCGGCUGCCUGCCUCCUCCAGCUAGCUGAGAUCCAGGAAGCCUGUUGUGAGUUCCUGAAAAGACAGUUGGAUCCUUCCAAUUGCCUCGGUAUCCGGGCCUUUGCCGAUACCCACUCAUGCCGGGAGCUGCUGAGAAUUGCUGACAAGUUCACCCAGCAUAACUUUCAAGAGGUAAUGGAGAGCGAGGAGUUCAUGCUGCUUCCAGCCAACCAGCUUAUCGACAUCAUCUCUAGCGACGAACUGAACGUCCGGAGUGAAGAGCAGGUGUUCAAUGCCGUGAUGGCGUGGGUCAAAUACAGUAUUCAGGAGAGGCGACCUCAGCUCCCCCAGGUAUUGCAACAUGUCCGGCUGCCUCUGCUCAGUCCAAAGUUCCUGGUGGGCACAGUUGGCUCAGAUCCACUCAUUAAAAGCGAUGAAGAAUGCAGGGACCUAGUGGAUGAAGCCAAGAACUAUCUGCUAUUGCCCCAAGAGCGGCCACUGAUGCAGGGUCCAAGAACUCGUCCACGCAAACCCAUCCGCUGCGGAGAAGUGCUCUUUGCAGUGGGUGGCUGGUGCAGCGGGGAUGCAAUUUCCAGUGUUGAGCGUUACGACCCUCAAACCAACGAGUGGCGGAUGGUGGCUUCCAUGAGCAAACGGCGGUGCGGCGUUGGCGUCAGCGUCUUGGAUGACCUUCUGUAUGCAGUGGGGGGUCACGAUGGUUCCUCCUAUCUCAACAGUGUAGAACGAUACGACCCAAAGACGAAUCAGUGGAGCAGCGAUGUGGCACCCACCAGCACCUGCAGGACCAGUGUCGGGGUGGCAGUUCUUGGUGGCUACCUGUAUGCCGUGGGUGGCCAGGAUGGUGUCUCCUGCCUCAAUAUCGUUGAAAGGUAUGACCCGAAAGAGAACAAAUGGACUCGAGUGGCUUCCAUGAGUACCAGGCGCCUUGGGGUGGCUGUGGCUGUACUGGGGGGCUUCCUUUAUGCUGUCGGGGGCUCUGAUGGGACAUCUCCUCUGAACACAGUGGAGCGCUACAACCCCCAGGAGAACCGUUGGCACACAAUAGCCCCCAUGGGUACCCGGCGUAAGCAUCUAGGUUGUGCGGUAUACCAAGACAUGAUAUAUGCUGUUGGAGGUAGAGACGAUACUACGGAACUCAGCAGUGCAGAGCGAUACAACCCCAGGACCAACCAGUGGUCACCUGUGGUGGCCAUGACAUCACGCCGUAGUGGGGUUGGUCUUGCUGUGGUGAACGGACAGCUCAUGGCUGUGGGAGGCUUUGAUGGAACGACGUACUUGAAGACCAUAGAAGUGUUUGAUCCGGACGCUAACACGUGGAGACUCUAUGGAGGAAUGAAUUACCGUCGGCUUGGUGGUGGGGUAGGCGUUAUCAAAAUGACACAUUGUGAAUCCCAUAUAUGGUAACCAAGCGGUGAGAGGAACCCCCCUCUGUGUUCAUUCCUGUCGAAACUGGUCAGCCUGGUGACUUCUGAGCUCUCUGAGACUCUAGUAAAAGCAAGAUCACUUAUAUUCUUUGCUGGUGCCUCUUCCUGUGGGACUGUAUUGGAUGUG